AUGAACCUGUAUUCUGCCGGGAACGCCUUGUUGGAGAUCGAGUAUGCUGGAGAGGUGGGCACCGGCUCGGGCCCGACCUUGGAGUUCUAUGCUCUUGUGGCCGAGAAUUUGAGGACUCUACAGCCGCAGCUGUUUCGAGCAAGUACACCUGGGGGCAUGCUGUACCCGCAGCCUUACGACCCUCACUGGCUUCGCAGAGCUGACGAGCAGGGCUCUCAGCAGAUCCUGGAGCGCUUCAGGCUGUUGGGCCAGGUGGUGGCAAAAUGCAUCAUCGACAAUCGGCUAGUGGACAUCCAGCUGCAUCCUGCAUUCUGGCGGUCUGUGCUGGGAAGUGCGCCCCUGUCGCAGCAAUGGCUGCGGUCCGUUGAUCCGGAGUUGCAUUCUUCGCUGGAGAACAUUCGCGACAUGGAUGCCGACAAGCUCGAGGGGCUGUGCAUCGACUUCACCAUGCCAGGCCACCCCAGCAUCGAGCUCAAGCCAGGAGGAGCUGGAUAUAGUCUGAACGGCUCCAAUCGCGAGGAAUACCUGCACCGUGUUGCGGAGGUGGCACUGGUCGAGGCUGUCGCGCCUCAGAUCAACGCCUUCCGAACAGCUUUCAAGGAGCUUCUGCCCCUGGAGACAUGCCGCAUCUGGUCCGAGCAGGAGCUCUCCUUCAUCAUCGUCGGCUCCUCUGUUCAGGACGAUGCCUUCUGGUGCAUAGACCAUCUUGCAGCGAACAUCAAGGCACAUCACGGCUACACAACCGACUCAAGGUGCUUUAAAGACUUGAUGAACUUCCUCUCCGAGUUGUCAGCUGAAAACAGGCGAAACUUCCUGAUGUUUGCAACUGGUGCACCCACACUGCCCAUCGGCGGCUUCAGCGGCCUCAAGCCGCCCUUGACUGUUGUCAAAAAGGAAGCCCCGUCUGCUCCACUCACGGCAGACGACUUCAUGCCCUCGGUCAUGACGUGUGCAAACUACCUGAAGCUGCCUGAGUACAGCUCAGCUGAGAUGCUGAAGCAGAAGCUACAUCUUGCCAUGCGAGAGGGGCAGUGUGCCUUCCUGCUCUCCUAG